AUGUUAUUAUUAUCCUAGCGCCAAUCAACUUAACUCUAGGAAUUAGAAAUAAUGAAGGCAUCCAUUUUAGGUUUGAAGUCUUUUCGUUCUAGAAACCCUUCAAAUGAAAGAUCACAAACCUAUUAGAGAUCAUUGAAAUUUUCAAUAGACAAUUAAAGAUAGAAAAACAAUGGGCAAUCAUAUUCUGGUGAAAAACAAUUGAAUUUAAGUUCAUAGAACUAAAAGGUUGAAAAUUUGAUUGCAACUUGGACCCAUCAAAAAAAUUCAUAAUCUUUGCAUUCAAGUUCCAAUAUAGUUAUAACUGGUAAGUUAAUUACUGAUGUGCGUUAAGUUGCUUAAUUGGAUGAUCAAAACAAGGAAUCAAUCAAGCCACACAUCAUUAUAGAAGAGGAUGCAGUGUUUACAGAAGAAAGGGAGAAUUAACCUUUUAUUUAAAACAAUAAACAUAAGCAGGUUAAAACUCCAGUUCAUUUGAUUGCUCCGAACAAGAGUUAUAAAGAGCAAUGUAUUAAAUUUGUUAAUGAAGAAACUCAAGAAAUGAGGAAAUGGAAUGGAGUAAAGAAGUUACAGAAUUAAAAUUAUCAAAGACCAUAGACUACAAAGGCAAACCCUGGAAAUUAAGCUAAAUCAUCACCUCUUGUGUUUAAAGAGCAGUCAUUGCAGAAUCCAAUGAAAAUAUCAUUUAUAGAUCAAACAAAACUCAAUAAGCAAUAGAGUGGACCAAAUAAUAAUAAAAAUGUGUUGUAUUCUUCGAAAAUAGUUAAAAAGAAUAACAUAGGCGUUCCUGAAGAAAUUCAAUAGGACAAUUAAUUCAUUCCAGAAUUAGAAAGACUAAAGGAGUAGAUUUUAUCAACAUACUUAAAAUAAAAUCGUGCUCUUAUUGGAUCUUAAAAUUAAAUUCUAAAAAAUUUCGAUUAAAUCCUGUAUAUUUUAAAGCAGGAUUUCCAAAAAUGA